AUGAAGAUAUUCAUUCUGCUACUAGUGCUGACAACAGUUGUCAUUCAUGGCCAAACAACAUCGGUUCAUGAUUGGGAGAAGAAACAAAAUAUGCUCACCAAGAGAAGUGACCUUUCGGCUCAAACUAUUGGAAACUUGAUUUAUUUGACUGGUGGAUGUACUUCUAAUCAACCAAUAGCAAAAGAUGCCACUUGUCCAUCAAUCACCAAUUCAAUGGAAAUUUACAAUCCACAAACUAAUUCAUUUACUUUUGGAAAAGCAAUGCCUAGGCCAAGAUAUAGACACACUACUGUUGCUAUUCAAAAUAGAUAUUUAUUUGUGAUUGGUGGAAGAGAUUUGAAUGAGAAUAUUAUUACCCAAGUGGAUGUAUUCGAUACUGUUAAUGGAAACUGGACGAUACAUAAUGCUACGUUGACUUCUGACUGUUGUUCUGACUCUAUUGCUUUCGUAUUGAAGGAUAGCAAUGGAAAUGAGAAUAUUUACUUACCUGGUGGAUAUUACGCCAAUUACACAACCUCAGGAAAAGUUUUACAGUUGACUACCAAAAAUGGAGUUUAUUCUGGAACAUUCCAAUCAGGUUUAGUUUCAGAUAUGAAUGUCAAAAGAGGUGAUUCCAUGACAUUAACCUAUAAUAAUAAGGCCUAUGUAAUUGGUGGAUUUUUGGAAGAUAAUUUUUGUAAACCAAUUACAACUGUGGAAGUAUACGAUUCCUCAACUAAUAAGUGGACAAUUACAUCACCACUUUCACAUGAGAGAGCUGAUGGUGCUGCUAUCAUGGUUGGUUCUGCAUUAUUUGUUUUGGGAGGAGAAUCUAAGGAUAAAUCAUGUAAUGUUUCAUUACCUGUCAGUGAUGUUGAGAAAUUUGACACUGCUAGCGGGAAAUGGAGUGAUUUUGUGGCUCUUCCAACAGCUCGUUUUAGACAAACUGGUGAAAUUGUCAACAAUGUCAUGUAUGUGUUUGGUGGACAAAUUGAAAUUGAGAUAGCUCAGCAAUAUUCAGUUUUGGAUUGGACCUAUGCUUACAAUUUCACAGAUUUUGUAAAGAUUUCUGCAGCCAACUCGCAAAUAAUUUCAUGGAUAUUUGUUUUCUCAUUACUUUUCAUUCUAGUAGUAUAA